AUGCCUGUAGAUCUUGUGCUGGUUAGGCAUGGGCAAUCCGAAGGAAACCUAGCGCAGCGUCUCUGCCGCCAGCAGCAGCAGCAGCAGCAGCAGCAGCAACAGCAGCAGCAGGUGCAUCAGGCGGGUGUUCCUACAACAGACUCCUCUACAACAGCAACAGCAGCAACAGCAACAGCAGCAACAGCAGCAGCAACAGCAGCAGCAGCAGCAGCAGCAGCAGGUGUAUGGUCCUCUGAGUUCCGUUCCCGUCAUAAUUCUUUAUAUAGAUUAACAGAUAAAGGAAGAAGACAAGCAGCAAUUGCUGGGCAUUGGAUAAAAAAUAAUAUUGGAUUAGGGUUUGAUAAAUAUUAUACUUCCGAAUAUGUCCGAGCAAUGGAGACAGCAGCAAUGUUAGAUUUGCCAUCUGCUCGUUGGGUAACGGAGGUUUAUCUAAGAGAGAGAGACAGAGGAAUAUUAGCUAAUAAGACGCAUGCAGAGAGGGAGGUUUACGUGUAUUGA